CGGCUCGGCCCUGACGCGCAUCAUGGCGGCGCGGCAGCUGCUGCGGGCGGCCCCGGGGCGGCGCGGGUACAGCGGCGCGGGCGCCGCCGAGUUCCUGCACCGCAGCAUCGUGCCCACCAUGCACUACCAGAAGAGCCUGCCCAGACUGCCAGUUCCCAAGCUAGAAGAUACAAUUAAGAGAUACCUGAAUGCCCAGAAACCGCUUUUAAAUGAUGACCAGUUCAGAAAAACUGAAGAACUUGCUCAUGCCUUUGAAAAGGGUAUUGGAAGAGAGCUGCAUGAGCAACUGGUUGCUCAAGACAAUCAGAACAAGCAUACAAGUUACAUCACAGGUCCCUGGUUUGACAUGUACCUAAAAGCACGUGAGCCUGUUGUUUUGAAUUUUAAUGCAUUUAUGUCUUUUAAUCCUGAUCCAAAAUCGGAAUACAACGAUCAGCUCAUACGAGCUACAAACAUGACUGUUUCUGCCAUACGUUUUAUGAAGACCUUCAGGGCUGGUUACCUUGAACCAGAGGUUUUUCACCUCAAUCCAGAAAAAAGUGACACUGAGAUCUUUAAAAAAAUUAUCCGAUUUGUGCCUUCUUCAAUUUCUUGGUUUGGUGCCUACAUGGUCAAUGCUUACCCCCUAGAUAUGUCUCAGUACUUCAGACUUUUCAAUUCUACACGGAUUCCUAAGCUCGACAAAGAUGAGCUUUAUACAGAUGAAAAGGCAAAACAUUUAUUAGUGUUGAGAAAUGGAAAUUUUUAUGUGUUUGAUGUUCUUGAUAGAGAUGGAAACAUGUUGGAACCCUCAGAAAUACAAGCACACUUGAAAUACAUCCUUAGUGACAACAGUCCGGCCCCGGCCUUCCCUCUUGGCUACCUCACCAGUGAAAACCGAGAUACAUGGGCAUUGCUGAGGAAGAAUCUACUGGAGAAUGGUAAUGAAGAAGCUCUUCAAAAAGUAGAUUCUGCCUUGUUUUGUUUAAGUUUAGAUGAUUUUGCCGUUAAAGACUUUGUGCACUUGUCCCACACUAUGUUGCAUGGAGAUGCUGCAAACCGCUGGUAUGACAAAUCAUUUAAUCUUAUCAUAACUAAGGAUGGCACUGCAGGAAUUAAUUUUGAACAUUCCUGGGGAGAUGGUGUGGCUGUGCUCAGGUUCCAGAAUGAAGUUUUUAAAGAUAGCACCAAGACACCAGCCAUCAGCCCCCAGUCCCAGCCUGCUUCAGUCGAUUCUUCCAGAGCAGUGCAGAAACUUGACUUUAAGCUAAACGAUGCCUUAAAAGCAGGGAUUACCAAAGCCAAACAGAAGUUUGAUGCCACUGUAGAAUCACUGUCUCUUAAUAUGAUUCAGUUCCAAGAAGGGGGCAAGGAGCUUCUAAAGCAGAAGAAGGUGAGCCCAGAUGCUGUGGCUCAGCUGGCCUUCCAGAUGGCUUUCCUUCGCCAGUAUGACCAGACGGUUGCUACGUACGAGUCUUGCAGCACUGCAGCUUUCAAGCACGGCCGUACAGAAACCAUACGUCCUGCCUCUGUCUACACAAAGAAAUGCUCUGAAGCCUUUGUCAAGGAACUCUCCAAACACAGCACAGAAGAGCUGCAGAAUUUGAUAGUGGAGUGCUCCAAGUACCACGGCCGUUUGACGAAAGAGGCUGCUAUGGGCCAAGGCUUUGACCGCCAUCUCUUCAGCCUGCGCUAUUUGGCCUUAUCCAAGGGGCUGGCACUGCCGGAUUUCUAUCAAGACCAAGCCUAUGCUCGCAUUAAUCACAACAUCAUUUCCACCAGCACCUUGGUGAGCCCAGCUGUGCAGCUAGGAGGGUUUGGCCCCGUGGUGUCUGAUGGCUUUGGAGUAGGGUAUCAGGUACAAGAUGACUGGAUAGGUUGUAAUGUUUCCUCUUACCCAGCUAGGAAUGGUAAAGAAUUCCUUCAGUGUAUAUACAAGUCACUAGAAGAUAUCUUUAAUGUUUUAAAGGGCAAGAAAAUUGGUAGUUAAGACAUAAAGACACUGCAACGCUUUACAGUUGCAGAACAAAAUGCAGAUUAUGUCUAAUUGACAUACUAAUCAGUAUUCAGCAUGGCUGAGACUGCCCAGCUUAAUUGGCUUCAUGUAAUAUCACUGCACUUGAAUACUGUUAGAUUCACUAGGAAAUUUCUAUCUAUUUUAAAGAAAUUUAUUACAGACCUUGAAUGCAUUUCAGGAAGUACAGACAUUAACUAUGUCAAAUUGAAUAACAGAUCCAUGUGUUCUUAAAACACAUAAUCUAAAAUAAGCAUUUUUAUUGAGUUAAUGAAGGUAGAACACCUGUGUUCCACGAGUGUUCAGACAGACUAUAGUACUGUGAUACCACUCUUGAACUGUUUGGUUUUAAAGAAAUACAUAAUACAUGCAAUAAUUUUAAAUAUGGAAGAGUGGUUCCAUUUGCACUGUUGCAGUAAGCUUGCUUACUAACUUGUCAGAAUUAUCUCUUUAAACUUGAAUUUAUAUCAGAACUGAUUGUGCCUCAACUGCUUGAAGCCUUUCCACUGUAGCAGGUUUUAGAGACACAAAAAAUGAAGUGGAAGGCUUUAAAGUAACCUGCAGUCACCAACUGGGUUGUUAAACUGACUGGAAAAGACUAUUUUAAUAAAGCUGUCUCUUAAUAACCACCAAGUUCUUUUAUUGCCGUAUCUAAAUUGUACAGCAUGGGUAGACUCUUUAUUAAUAGCUCAUGUUUCUUACAAGGUUGGAAAGAAAACUGCUGCAAGCA